AUGGAAUUCACUGAAAUUGCUCAACACCAUGUGGAGAGAUACAGGGAGGGUAAAAGAAAGGAGGAAGAGGAGCUGAAACAACUACAGAAGAAGGUGCUGAAGAAACAACUGGCAAAGGACAAACCUGCCAAACAGAUGCCCCUCACUAGCACACCACAACCUCCUGCAGCUGAUACCAACACCAAUGACGCAGUUGCUGCGGUGGUGCAGACAAUGGCUGGACUAAUGGCGCCCCAGAGGAAUGCCUAUGGCGGACCUCCGCAAAACACAGGAUGGACCCCCUACAACCAGGGGCCACCUGCAUAUGACAUUUCAAUGGAAGGUGUGGCCACCAGCUGCGUGAUGAUGGACGGAGAUGUGGAUCUCAGAGUUAAAUGGUUCACAAUGGAUUCUGACUCUACACCACAUGUUACACUGAUGGUGGGGUUUGGGUAUGAGGCUCGUUCCCUUGGACCUGCUGUAAAAAAGGCUGAAGUCCUGACAUGGACUAAGACCAACCUUCCCAAUGUCUCCGCUGCCCACAUGGGUGAAACCCAAGUCUGGAGGAUCAGGAUCAAUGAGGAGGACACCUCAAUCCCGGAAGUCGUAAGAAGAGCCCGGUUCCAUGGCAGGGAAAUGACAGAUCACCCAGACACUGAAAACAUGCUUUCUCGGGUCCCUGACCACCUAUGGACCACCAGUCCUGAAGAUGUGGGCCUAGUUGAUGUGCCGCCUAUUCAAAUCCAGAUCAGGACCGAUACAUCGCACCGGUUACCUGUGUACAAGCAUCAAUACCCCCUGAGUGACGAAAAAGUCAGGGGCAUUGAACCUACCAUUCACGGUCUGCGAGGAAGUCAGGUAUUGACGCUAUCAACAUCCCCAUGGAACACACCUAUCCUUCCUGUGAAAAAGGGGGAUACUGGAAAAUGGAAGAUGAUUCAGGAUUUCAGACCCAUCAAUGAUGUCACAGUUCCUGAUGUCAGACCUGUUCCUGAUCCCUACCUGGCACUACAGAAUAUCUCACCAACCCAAGACUGGUUCUCUGUCAUUGAUCUGGCAAAUGCGUUUUUCUGCAUACCACUCCAUGAGGACUCACAGCCUUUGUUCGCUUUCUCGUAUCAAAAUCAGCACCUUAUGUACACGAGAAUUCCACAGGGCUACAGGGACUCACCGGGAAUAUUCAAUUCCAUCCUGAAAGAACAUCUGGAAGAGCUCAUCUUGCCUGAAGGGGUUACCCUUCUCCAAUACGUUGAUGACUUGCUGUUGGCUGCUCCCACUGCUGAAACCUGCCUCCAAGCAACUGAACUCCUGCUUAAACAUGUUGCAGAUAAAGGUUACAAGGUAAAGAGGGAAAAAGUUCAAUGCUGCCGCAGAACUGUACAGUUCCUUGGAAGAGUACUGUCAGGUAAAGGUCAGGCUGUAUCCACAGCACAGUGUACCUCCAUCUUGGAACAUCCUAAACCCUCCACAGUUCAUCACCUACUCUCCUUUCUGGGAUUCACUGGUUACAGCAGGACUCACAUCCCUGAGUAUUGCCUUAAGGUUGACCCUUUGCGGGAAAUACUGAGAGAAGCAGGAAACAGGAACCUUACUGCCAACCUCACCUGGACCACUGAGGGUGAGUUAGCAUUCAUCGCUCUGAAACAGACAUUAGCACAGGCCGAAGCUCUGUCUCUGCCCGAUUACACACUGCCAUUCAGGUUGGAUGUUUCUGAGCAGGAUGGUUAUGUCCAUUCCAUCCUGUAUCAGAAACAAAUGGGGGAGAGGAGAGUACUACAUUACUACAGUGCCCAAUUGGAUAACAUUGAAUGUGGACAAACUGAUUGUGCGAGACACAUUGCAGCCCUGUCCAAGGCAAUUGGGAAAACUGCACAUAUUGUUAUGAGACACCCUCUGGAAAUCAACACAGAUCAUGGAGACAUGACAAGAGAAGUUUCAGAAAGCUGUGAGAUCUGCCAAGGAUACAAUAACAAGAUCUCAUUGGGAGCAGUAAUAGGGAGUUUCCCUAUACCUGAUGGACCUUUCCAGGACAUAUGCAUUGACUUUACUGACAUGGGACAAGACAACCGGGUGGAAGGUAAAAGAUACCUGUUGGUGAUGGUGGAUAGAUUCACCAGAUGGGUUGAGGCCAUACCAACUGCCAAAGAAGAUGCAAAAGCAGUCAUCAAGUGGCUGAGAAGAGACCUUAUCCCAAGGUUUGGAGUCCCUCGAAUGGUCCGAUCCGACAAUGGCUCCCACUUCAAGAAUGAACACCUGAAAGAGGUGGAACAAGCAUUGGGGAUCACCCACAAAUUUGGGUCAGUGUAUCACCCCCAAUCUCAGGGCCUCGUAGAGAGAGCCAACCAGACUUUGAAACGAAAAAUGGCCAAAAUAAUGGCAGGGACCAAGCUAAAAUGGGUAGAUGCGCUACCUCUAGCUUUAAUGUCCAUGAGAAACUCACCAGGGUCAGACACACACCUUACACCACAUGAACUGUUGACAGGGAGAAGAAUGCCAGGUCCACCUGCUGAUAACAUGAGUGUGCCUAGGCUAGACAUUGCUAAAAUCAUAUACACAGACUACAUGCAGGCACUAACCUCUCUUGUCGAAAGACUGUCCAAACAGGUGGUGGAGGUUCGUACUCCUGCAGUGGAGACCACAGACGAAAACAGGGACAUCCUGGUUGGUGACUGGGUGAGAGUGAAGGUGCACUCCAGGAAGUGGACAGAGCCCAGGUGGAAAGGACCAUUCCAGGUGAAAGAGGUAGCCAGUCACUCCUUGAGGGUAAGCACUGACCAAAAAGAUACUUGGUACCACAUGACCCACUGCACCAAGGACUCAGUCCCAGAGAGGAAGUUGGACCAGGUAGUAGUAGACCUGACUGAGGCUCAGCCCUAA